AGCUCUGCCACCGCCUCCUCGCCUCCCCUACCCUUCGCCCAGGCGCGCGGUGGCGUCCUCGCGCCCUCCCCGGCGCCCCCGCCCGUCGCCCCCGCCGCCGGCCAGGCAUGAACGCUGAGACCUGCGUCUCUUACUGCGAAUCGCCGGCCGCUGCCAUGGACGCCUACUACAGCCCGGUGUCGCAGAGCCGGGAGGGCUCGUCUCCUUUCAGGGGCUUCCCAGGAGGCGACAAGUUCGGCGCCACUUUCCUGUCGGCCGCCGCCGCGGCCAAAGGACAGGGCUUCGGGGAAGCCAAGAGCCGGGCCCGCUACGGCGGCGGCGGCGGCGGCGGCGGCGGCGCGGGGCAGCAGGACCUGGCGGCCCCGCUGGAGAGCCCCGGCGGGGCGCGGGGCUCCUUUAACAAGUUCCAGCCGCCGCCGCCGCCCACCCCGCAGCCUCCUCCCGCGCCGCCCGCGCCGCCGCCGCCGGCGCAUCUCUACUUGCAGCGGGGCGCCUGCAAGACGCCCCCGGACGGCGGCCUCAAGCUCCAGGAGGGCAGCGGCGGCCACAACGCGGCCCUACAGGUCCCCUGCUACGCCAAAGAGAGCAACCUGGGUGAGCCGGAGUUGCCCCCUGACUCUGAAUCCGUGGGCAUGGACAACAGCUACCUCAGUGUGAAGGAGACAGGGGCCAAGGGACCCCAGGACCGGGCUAGUGCUGAUAUCCCAAGUCCCCUAGAAAAGACCGACUCUGAGAGCAACAAGGGCAAGAAGCGGCGGAACCGAACCACCUUCACGAGCUACCAGCUGGAGGAGCUGGAGAAGGUCUUCCAGAAGACACACUACCCUGAUGUGUAUGCGAGGGAGCAGCUGGCUAUGAGGACCGACCUCACUGAGGCCCGCGUGCAGGUUUGGUUCCAGAACCGGAGGGCCAAGUGGAGGAAGAGGGAGCGCUUCGGACAGAUGCAGCAGGUCCGGACCCACUUCUCCACGGCCUAUGAGUUGCCCCUCCUCACCCGAGCCGAGAACUAUGCCCAGAUUCAGAACCCGUCCUGGAUUGGCAACAAUGGGGCUGCCUCACCAGUGCCAGCCUGUGUGGUCCCCUGUGACCCGGUGCCUGCCUGUAUGUCCCCUCAUGCUCAUCCUCCUGGCUCGGGCGCCAGCAGCGUCUCCGACUUCUUGAGUGUCUCUGGGGCCGGCAGUCAUGUGGGCCAGACACACAUGGGCAGCCUGUUUGGAGCAGCUGGCCUCAGCCCGGGCCUCAAUGGUUACGAGAUGAACGGCGAGCCAGACCGCAAGACCUCGAGCAUUGCUGCACUGCGCAUGAAGGCCAAGGAGCACAGUGCAGCCAUCUCUUGGGCCACAUGACAGGGCCCCCCCGCCAGUCCUGAUGUCGUCCCCCUCCCUGGGGCCCUGGCCACGUCCCUGCUUUCCAGGACCCCAGCUUCCCACCUGACUCUCCUCUUAGGAACCCGGCCUGGCCCAGGGGCCUGGCCCUCAGCACUUUCAGCCACCCCAAGUCUGAGGCCCCAGGGACUGCUGGGAGGGAGGGGGCAGUAGGCCCUUGCUCCCUCCUGGCUCUGAGGCCAUGACCCAUGCUCCCUGCCACUGGCAGUGGAAAAAGCCAGGUGGCCCUGUGUGUAGCUUUGCAUCAUGUAAGCUGAGGCCCUGUCUCUCUUUGUGUCCUUUCACCCCUUCCAUUUGACUUAAGUCAAAGUUAGGCUCCUUUCCAGACCUAGCGGCUUCAACAGUCCAGCCUUGUCUAACCUUCCUUCUUUCUGUGGGGUCCCCUGCUCACUGGGCCUAUGGCUGUGGGUCUUAAGUAACCAGAUGCCAUGCAGAAUUGGUUCCUGACUCCCUUUGCUCCUUGAAAGUGCCUGACACGCCACCUUCUGCAUCUGGGCAUCUGAUCAUCCACCCAUCCUGUGGUCCUUGUGACUGUAGCUUGACUAUGAUGGAUACACCUGGGAAAGGUGGGAGGAAAGAUGAGGGGACAGAGCUGAAAGACUCUUUUUGCUGUCCUCCCAUAAGGAUGGCCAAGCCCCGAGGAGGCAUGAGCCAGCCUUUACUCCUGAAACUGGUUCUGGCUGGCACUGUGCGGACGGGGUGCCAGGUGUGAAAGGAGACAAGGACACAUACUACCCCACCCCCACCACCACCAUACAUGGCCGUCAGGAAUCAGAGAAGCUCUCCUGGGUACCACCUGGCAUCUUCUGCAGUGGAAGGUUAGCUCUGCAGCCUCCUCAGGGUCCCUCUGGGAGGAGUUGAGGUAUUUGUCCUCUCCCUCUCGGUCACUCACUGUGACUGCUGCUGGACAGUCUCCCGGGCUGGAGGAAUUUAGACCUUGAAAGACAUAAGCUAGAGCACAGGGCCACAGCUGAAGCAGAGGACGUGACCAGCUCUGCCUCCAGCCAGGAUGGCCUUUCUAUGCUCAGACUAACCAUGUCCACCCACCACCACAGCGUCGUGCCUGCUGGAGCUUCCCGCACAGGGUAGGUGGAGAUCGGUGCCCCUCUAGGCUAAAAGGAGAGCUGCCUUCCAGUUGCCCUAGAUACCCUCUUAGAAAUCCUAUCCUUACUUCCUCCCCAGGGGCCACGAUCUCUGCCUUGGCUGGCCUCAGGAAAGCCUCCCAUCAAGUCCCUCCAGGCCCACUCUUCAUGGCAGGAAAUCCUCCCGAUGCCAGUCCCCUAUCUGAAGGAAGGGGGUCCCUCUCUACCUGACUUGACCUGGAGUUAGGAACUAGGAUUUGAAGUGGCCUUAGCCCUCAUCUGAGCUGGAGCACAGAACCACCCUUGAGGUAGGUCCCUCAAGCAGGUGGCCUUUUCCUGAGGAGACACACUUGCUUUUUCUACCUUUGCCUUGACUGUUAUCCAUGAGGUGGGUUUGGCCCACUUGGCCCAGGGUUCUGCUCACCGAAUGACCUCUCAAGGUUGGGCUGAGGACUGAGGACGCUUGCCUGGCUAGCAUCUGCUCUAGGUCUCAGUGGGUGAGAAGGGAUCACCACACCUUGUUCAGGUCCUCAUCUGCUCUGGAAUGCAGGCAGGCUAAACCCUCACUAGAAUGUAGACUCUAGGUUGGUCACCCCUAGUCAGACCUCUUCAGAAACUAGUUCUUGAAUCUUAGGAAGGCAAAAAAGGUCUUGGGUACUGAACUCAGUGUUCUUAGUGGCUCAGUCCUAAUGUUUCAGAUGUUUGGGGAUCUAGGUCUGUCUUACAUGUGCUCCAGAAAUAACCCACUCCCUCAGAAUCUAGUAACAGAAGGAAGGACUUAAGAGCAGGAGCAAUUCUUUGGGGGGUCCUCCUUCAUGGCUGUCAUGGCUAAGGAAAUGUGUCCAUAUCUAGAUAAUCAGUACAAAGAGAGAACCAGGAUGGCUCAGAAAAGAACCGUCAGAAGGUUUUUGAUAGAUUCUUCUGAAAGGGAAUGACAUAUAACUUCUCCAAGUUUUAUUUCUGGCCAGGCUAGACCAAGUCAGGCAAAUUCUAGCCCACAAGCUUCAGAAUGAAAAAGGCAAAUAGAAAAAGCCCUUUGCUCUCCAGCACAGCCAAGAACUAACAUGCCUUCUAUCACCUCUCCAGCUGGAGCCUUUUUCUCCUAGGCUGCUCUGGAGGGCCUUGGCCUCAGCUGGUUCCUGGGGCAGCUGGAGAUGUGCUGAGCUCCCACAGUACUUUCCUCAUCUCUCACCUCUCCUCGGCUUCCCAGUCCUCCAGAAGAGAACUGUGGGCUCCUGUUGUCCCUAGUGGGUCUGUCUUAGUGUCCAGGGUGCUAGGCAAGUAAAAAGCCCUCCGCGGCAACUUGGCUUCCUAGAGAGGCAGAUCUCCCAAAGGCACAGAUAAGAAGGGGGAACGGUACCUGCUGGGAGGGGGCCACUGUUCAUGAGCAAGCUGAGUGAGCUGAGUCCAGCCUUGACUGACAGCACAGUAAGUGGCCACACCCAGUCCUGGCAGCCUAGAGAGAGCUCAGUUCCCCAGAAGCCCCUCCCCUUCACAGCACAGGGUGUCAAGAAUCUGGGGCAGAAAGGCAUGCCUCCAAGUGUUUCUCUGAGUUUUAAUUCUUCCUGGAUCUCAGUUCUCACAACCACGUGUCCACCUUUGAGGAGCAGGAUGCGUGGGGAUUUAGGCACAGCGAGAUCCAUGGGUUUCCCAGCACACACUGCCAGGCUCACGUUGGACACAGCUCUGAUGGCCCAGCUCCCUGAGUAGACAGGAAGGGUUCCAUGGAAACCACCACGUGUUGUCCUUGGGCAGAUUCAUCUCUGAGCACUCAGAGGAACCCGACGUUCCAGGUCAAUGGGAAUGACACUGACUGUCAGGCACAGAGACAAACAGACCCGGGAGGGAGAGAGAGUGGCAGGCAAUCUGGCCCCAGGGUGCUACUUCAUAACCAUACAGUUUCGAAGCAGGGCAGGCUACUGCUUCUUUCGCUCAGCCCCACUUUGCUGCAGGGAUGCCCCAGGGAGGAGCUCUCCCUGGACGGUGUCUCCCUCCCUUCCCUCUCCUUUCUUCCCCCUUCACUUAUACAUAGAGCUAGGCCUGUAUACUACUGAUUUUGAGGACCGUUUUCAGUGUCUAAUAACCUGUUUGGGUGUGCAGUGGUCAGAAAAAAGAGAGAGAGAGAAAGCUGAGAGAUGGAACAUGAACCUCAACCAAUACUCGCUAUUCUUGUAAGAUAUUUUAACCCUGUAUAAAUGCAACUUUUACUUUAGCUUAAUGGCCUGGGGUGGAACAUUCAAAUAUAUAUAUAUAUAUAAAUAUAAAUAUUAAAAUACAUUAAAUUUUCAGAAAAAUGUAAAAAAAAAUUGAGGUCCGUUCCAUAAAGUUUUACUGCCUAUACCAUCAUGUAACUACGUUAUAGCAAAAUAUUAAAAGAAACUUUUUUUUUCUUUUAAAGUAAGUUAUUGCACUUACGUCUUUUGGAGAAGGGAGGAAUGUAGGAAGAAGGGGGCUGAAGAGCUGAGAGGGUCUGAAGAAUGCAAGGGCGGAGGCAGCUGACGCUCCCAGCACCCCUUUGUCGGGUGCAGCCCAGACUGUCUGUUUGGUUGUUGUUGUUAUUUGCAAUAAACUCCUUCCUCCUCUCG